AUGUUUAAAUUAGGAAUUAGAUUUUCGCCUUUAGUUUCUAACUGUUUUAAGAAAUAUGUUCAAUGUGUUCCUCAGAUUUCUCAGGUUAAACCUAAUUUAUUUCUACAACCUCAGUUUACAAGAAAUACAAGUUUUUUUAUUAAGUUAAGUGCAGAAGAUUUAUGGAGGGGAGCUACUAGUGUAAGUAAUGCUGGUAAAAAAAGAGGAAGAGGUAAAGGAACAGAUAGGAAAAUAAAACUAAAUUUAAACAAGGGCCAAAAAAUAGGAUUUGGAAAAACUAACAUGAUUUGGCCAGGAUUAACAUCUCCAGUUGUACAAGCUAAUACUUUGAUUGAAAUAAAAAAACUUCCUCCUUCUUCUGAACCUGUAGCAGAAGAAGCAGUAACAAAAAGAAAAAGAUUUUUUAAAAUUCAUCCAUUAGAGAGAGGUUGGCAUGGUACUAAUAUUAAGGGUAGAAGUUUGGGUUCACCUGAACUUAAUGAUUUAGGUGACUACAGUGAGUUUGAUAGUGUAUGUGUAGAAAGUAGACUUGGAGCCAUAAUGACUAAAACAAUGGGAAGAAAAAGACGAUUUACUUCAUUUGUGAUUUCGGGAAAUCGUAAUGGUUUAAUUGGUAUUGGCAAAGCCAGAUCAUCAGACUCCAAGUUUGCUGUAAAAAAGGCGCAAAGAAAAUCUGUUUUAAAGCUCAUUUAUGUUAAUUUGGAGGAAAAGCAUACAAUAAAUCAUGAUUUCUUUUAUCAAUUUGGUAAAACGAAAAUUUUUGCUUUCAAAAAACCAAAAGGAUUUGGUUUAAAAUGCCAUAGAGCUAUAAUUAGUUGUUGUAAAUUAAUAGGAAUCGAAGACCUUCAUGUUAAAAUUGAAGGUAGUGUUAAUGUAAAAAACGUUGUAAAAUGUUUUUUGUUAGGUCUAAUGCAACAGAAAAGUUAUCAACAAAUGGCUGACGAAAGUAAUCUUCAUGUAGUCGAAUACAACUCGUUAAAUUUAAAUUAUCCAAAUGUUCUUGCUUCACCUAAAGUUGAAAAUAAUGAAGAAAAUAAGCAUAACAAGAAUAAAGAACUUACCUUUGAAGAAUAUAUUUGGAAUAAUAAAGUUAUUUACAAAAGACCAAAAUAUUUAAAAUAUGAAAAAUUACCAUCAUGGCAGACACAUUUAAAGAAAACAUUGUUCAAAAGAAAUCAUAAUAAGGUUAAAACUGAAUUGCUGAAAAAUUAUGGAAAUCUACAAAGUUACUUAUAUGAUGUUUAUCCGGAAUGCAGAGCAGGAGCAGAAAGACAAAGAAAAGAAAAAUAA